ACAUGUUGAACUUUGUCCAAACACAGACAGACCAGUCAGCAAAUUGGAAACCUGAACUGAUAAAAUAGGGUGACACUGUUAUAACUGAUAAUGGUAUUUUGUCUCAGUGCUGAACUGCAGGAGUCAUCAGUGUUACCAGUGAUCUCAGUUAAUGCUGACGCAGGUGAAACUGAGGUCAUCAACCUCAGAGGGUCCAUAUGAAAAGCAGUCCCUCUCUGCUCCUGCUCAUCCCAUCUCAUCAUGUCUUGGUGCCUCCUCGUCCUGCUGCUGUUGACCCUGGCCCAGUUUGGCCCGGCUCAGCCCGUCGACAGCCGGGCUGAGCUCAGGAGGGUGCAAGCCACCCUGGAGGAGCUGAAGGCCGAGAGACGUGUGAUGAGUGAACGUCUGGAUGCAGCUGAGCGGGAAAUAAAGAAAUCCAAAGAAACCCCGAAAGUUGCCUUUGCUGCGUCCCUGGGAGGUAACGGCCUUGUGAAGACCACAUCUGGCAACAAAGACCUCAUCUAUAGGGACAUCCUGACCAAUGUGGGUGGGGCUUACAAUGCUGAGACAGGUGUCUUCACAGCACCAAUUCGCGGAGUAUACUACAUCCGCUUCACAGCUAACGGCCCUACCAACUUCCCCAAGAGCGCCGUCUUGUACAAAAACGACACAGAGAUCCAGCUGAUCACCCACGAGCAGCCAUCCGGCGAGGGCAGCGACACAGCAUCCAAUGGUGCUGCCCUGCUGCUGGAGAAGGGUGACCGACUGAAGAUGGUGCUGUGGCACAACACUCAGAUCUGGGACAACAGCAAUCAUCACAGCACCUUCAGUGGCUUCCUGCUCUUCCCCAUGUACAGCAACACAAACUUAUCACUACCACCACCAUCUUGUGUGACACAAAGUCCUUCACAGGACAGACAAAAGAAUCAGUGAUGAUAAAAGUAAAAAAAAA